GUUACCCCCCCGACCCCUCGUCCAGCCCCCCCUUGCUCAGACCCCCGACCCCCGAUUCUCAGGUGAGAAGCGAGACGCCCUUGGUGGGAACCCGGUUCCCUGGCACUCUGGGCUCCAGUUGGAUUCGUGUGGCUCCGGUCCGCUGUCACCGGUCCCCAGGGGCCAAGCGGCGACGUCCAGACGGGGUAGGCCUCAGCUCUCCAAGGGGGCCGGGGCCCACAGCCGCUUCUACAAGCCGAACAUUUGAGGGCCUCGCCGGCACCAUUACCUCUAACGAGUGGGGCUCUCCGACCUCCCCGGCCGGGAGCAACGUGUCCGGAGGGAGCGAGGCUUUGGAGAAGCCGAGUGACUAUGACGCCGAGGGCGUGUGGGGCCCUGCCAUGGAGCACAGCUUCCAGGAGGCCCUGGCCAUCUACCCACCCUGCGGCCGGCGCAAGAUCAUCCUGUCAGAUGAGGGCAAGAUGUACGGCAGAAACGAGCUGAUAGCCCGUUACAUCAAACUACGGACUGGGAAAACGCGCACCCGAAAGCAGGUUUCCAGUCACAUCCAGGUGUUGGCCCGCCGCAAAGCCAGGGAGAUCCAGGCCAAACUGAAGACCCGCCCUCUCCGGACUGCCCCGCCUGGCUCACCCACAAUCUUCCUCUCCCAGUUUUGGCCAGGGGCUUUUCCGGGACAAGCUGGGUCUCCCCACGACUUCACACUGUGCCCUCAGCAAGUCUUCACUGCCCAGCUGCCGCCUACACUGUCUCCUUCAGGGUUCGAAUCCCCGGUCAGGCCCUGUGGGUCCCCGCCCGCCCCGCCCUGGCAAGGCCGAAGCGUGGCCGGCCCCAAGCUCUGGAUGAUCGAGUUCUCCGCUUUCCUGGAGCGUCAACGGGAUCCAGACACGUACCACAAGCACCUAUUCGUGCACAUUGGGCAGACCUGCCCCAGCGACAGAGCCCCCUACCUCGAGGCGGUGGACAUCCGCCAAAUCUACAACAAAUUCCCGGAGAAGAAGGGGGGCCUCAGGGAGCUGUACCAGCGCGGCCCCCCCGACGCCUUCUUCCUCGUCAAGUUCUGGGCUGACCUCGACACCAACAUCGAGGACGAAGCGGGGUCCUUCUACGGGGUGUCCAGCCACUAUGAGAGUCCCGAGAACAUGACCAUCACCUGCUCCACUAAGGUCUGCUCCUUCGGCAAGCAGGUGGUGGAGAAGGUGGAGACGGAAUAUGCCCGCUACGAGAAUGGCCACUACUCCUACCGCAUCCACCGCUCCCCGCUGUGCGAAUACAUGACCAACUUCAUCCACAAACUCAAGCACCUGCCUGAGAAAUACAUGAUGAACAGCGUGCUGGAAAACUUCACCAUCCUUCAGGUGGUGAUGAACAGAGACACCCAGGAGACGUUGCUGUGCAUCGCUUAUGUGUUCGAGGUGUCCUCCAGCGAGCACGGAGCUCAGCACCACAUCUACCGACUGGUGAAGGAUUAGUCUCAGGGAGUGAGCAGGGGCUGGGGGUUCACAGUACACCCCACCACCGGACGCGCUGGGCUCAGAUUGAAGGUCCCCGAAAUAAACCCGGUGUUCUGCACU